AGAACUAUUAUUCAAUAUUGUAUAUUUUGUAAAUUCCUAGAAACCUCUGAUAUAUCCACCAUCCCUUUAAAAAAAUGGGACACCGCUUUAAGAAACAAAAAAAGGAUGAGGCGGCAGGACAUAGCUACUAUGUGGAAUGCAAGGAGCAUGUGUCAAUUAAGGGUCGCGGCAGCGUUCUCAUUAAAAAUACACAAACCCAAGUGCGGGAGCUUUAUAAACGUCAUGUUGCCAUUGCACCCGAAGAGCCAUCGACAUCUUCCUGCUGUAGCAAGAUUUUGGACACCAGCCAAAAGAUGCGGAAUUUGAAUGAUAAAAUUGAGACUGAAAUUGGCAAAUUGAAGACUUUUCGCGAUCGUUUUUUGAAGAAAAAAGAUAUUCAAAUCGAGAAGAAACCUGAGUCUGUGAAAAAACCUAGAGUGGAGAUACAGAAGCCGCGCAAGGAGUUACCUAGCCCUAAUAAAUCAAAGAACAAACAAUUUCCAGGGAAAUCUCGACAACUUGCUAUAGAGGCUCCCAUCAAACAAAAAGCAAAAGAAGAGCGACAACGAAAAGAUACUUCGAUAUCUAGCAAUAAACAAGUGAAAAAGAUUGAACAUUCCUCGGGAAACUCAGUCCAUUCCAAACCUUAUUUUUGUACUAUCUCCUCCUUGUCAUCCUCCCCGACAUUGAAUAACUCUAAGGAGGAAAAAACCAUGGAGGAGCCAGUAAAGCUCCAAGAACUUCCACAGGACAGUGAGCGAAUAGAAGGCGGUUGCUCUUUGGUAUACAAUGCGGACGACUUUUCGCCUUGCUCCACUUACCAAAGUGAUUACAAUCCGAUUCCAGCUAGUCCAUCUUCCUAUCCAUAUCACUGCCAAGUUACCAGUUAUCCUUGCUAUGAUUAUACAUCAGCUGUUUAUGAUCCCUACCUAAGCAAUCAAUGUCCCAUGGAUGCAGUUUAUCAUUGUUCCCCAACUUUGCCCUUAUACGAUAACUGUUCUCCAUCGGAUUACUCGAGACGGACGACGGACUUGCAAUGCGACGAUUAUUUGCGCAACUUAACUCCGAGUCCCAAAGAAAAAUUAACACCCAAAAGUGCUACCUCAAGCAAAAAAAUGAAAAGAGCGACAAAACCAGGUUAUCCAUCAAAAGGAGCACAGAAAGUGGGACAGUUUAAAGGAGAAAGGCAGUCACAGGGCACAAAAUCAACAAAUGGGAAGCAUAAACUCAAAGUAACCAUAAGCAAGCAAGAUUCAGACGACGAGCCGGAGAAGUUGCGAUUGCAUAGCGAGUACUUAAGGAACUAUAAGCUGGAGCAUGAGAAGACCGCCAAGAAGGAGUCAAGUUCAAAGAGCUCUUUGCCUGGCAAGCAUGCCACGUACACCAAGCUCGUCCCAGGUGUUAAGAUCAAAGCAGAUCCUGACGCACAGCUCGAAGAAGCAAAGAGUAUGAAGGAUGCACCUAAAGUAUGCGCCAAGGAAUGCAUUGGCUAUGGCACGCAGACAGCUGCUCCAAAUGUCCAGGAUGUCGGCCUGAACUGCUCGUUGGAUUGCACACCCUGCAACGCAAAUCCUGAACUAAAAAAGAAGUGUGUUGGCUGUGCUACGCAAGUAUCUGGUCCACAGGUUAAGGAUGUGGGACUGAAUUGCUCCCUGAGCUGCACACCUUGCAUUGAAAACCCCGAGUUGAAAAAGAAAUGCGUUGGCUGCGCCACCCAAGUAUCAACUCCCUUGUGCCAGGACAUUGGACUCAACUGCAGUCUCAGCCAACGUGCAAUAUGCAAUCAGUCGUGCCAGACGUCGACGUCUUAUCGUUGUUAUCAGCAAGAAAUUCCAACGCAAAAUGGCGCCUCGUCGAGAACUGAAACUUCCACAAGACUACAGCUAUCACCGACUAAAUCCAGCGAAUUGUGUGUCGCAGAAAUGAUCAAGAACACUAGACUUAUUUGCACUCCAAAUAAUAGGCAGCAUCGAUCGGCUCCUCAGAUCCAACCAACAACAGCUGCUGAGGAUAAUAAUUCCUUGAACACAGUCUAUGUGCGUCAAGGUUCCAAACAAUCUUCGCCCCCUAGCACAAAUCGUUUCCAUUCCGCAAGGCAAGCCGAGGAAGUCUACAGUUCGCCAGAUACAACAAAAUUAGUGAGCAUGUUGGACGAAUCCCCUCGUGGACAUAAGGAUCCUUCAACUUGCUUGGAUGAAGAAAGUUCGAUGCACUUUUCGCUGCCAAUAAACUCUUGCGAUAACUCCAUGUACUCCAAUAGGACUUCACCUGGUAGCAAAUGGCACCUCUGUAAUACGCCCACUUCCUUUAGCUCACCGCAAAGUUCCCAAGAUGAGACGGUGACCAGCAACAAUGAGCAAUCCUUCGGGGAAAGAUUAGCUUGCUUGCCAAGCAACUCGAUUGUGUGCGAGAAGCGCACGCGUUGUGUGAAAUUUGAAGAUGAAAAUAGAAUCUGUGAGCGCAUUGAUACCAUGAAGUGUGCUCGCCAGUACAUUGACUGGGAGCAACUCUGGGAGGACAGUAAAGAAGACGUAACUUGCCUAGAAACCUUAGAUGAUAUCGCCGAAGACGUAAACCAAGAAGAUUCCCAUAUAAAUGACUCUUCUUAUAGAUCCAGCAGCACGGCGGACAUGACCUGCAUUGAAUCCGCCUGCGAUGAGGAGGAUUAUCUCACCUGCACCGAGUCGCGAACGGAGCACACGUUGCCCUGCUUCAGUGGCUGUGGAUGCAUGCGUGAACGCUAUCACAUGCUGAUGCUGGAGGCUUUAACCAAGCCAAUUGGCCAGUGAAAUGGCCGA